GAGGAUUUUAUGUUUUGUAUGUGACUAUCCUGUAAGAUGUACAUAUGUUUGUAUGUACAUACAUAUACAUAUAUAAGUACUUACUCACAUCCAUAUAUAUUUGCGUCAUAAGAAAAGUGGAAUCUACGAUUAAACAUCAAACACCAGUAAUUUGCAGUAGUUGUAAAAGGUAAUUGUUACAUGAAAUUGGUAAAGUUGACGGAUGCAGUGUUGGUUCUGAUAAUUUAUGUAAAUGGUUUUUAUACCUAAUGUAUUGAUAUGUUAAAGAAAAAAAAAGGACGGACCUUUAAAUCAUAAAAGAAACAAGUGUGUAAAUUAUCCAAAAUAAAAGACGCUUGUAACUAAAUAUAAACAGUUGUAUAUAAUUACCUGUUGAAGUUUGUAUCCAAUAUUAGUGAAAAAUAUGUUGAAACAAAGUAACUUUUUUACGCACAACAUUGGUAUAGCAUGGAAGACGUUUGUUCGAGAAUCUUGCGAUGUUUCCCCGAUACCCUCGGAAAAGAAGGAACAUCGUUUAAAUUUUCAAGACAACCAAGCAAAAGAAGCUUACGAGGAAAUUAUACAUGAAAAGAACGAUGUAAACAUAAAGUUACAGCAUAAGCACUGUAAACAGAAAUCGUUUGUUACUCAAAAUGCAACUGACAUGCCAGUUUCAAUGAAUGGCAGCAAUGAAAAAGUUAAAUAUAAUUCAAGAACUGAUGAAAAGGUGACGAUUAAUGCUAUAUUGAAAGCAGUAGAACAAAAGGAUUUUGAAUUUUUAUUGAAGCACAUGACACAUGACAAUGUUAAUCUGAUGGAUGAUUUUGGCUGGACACCUCUUAUGUCGGCUGCAUAUUGUGGCCACUUAGAUAUUGUAGAAUUUUUAUUAAACCUUGGUGCUAACAGGAAAGUGAAAGAGAAAUCUGGCCUUACUGCAGCACAAUUGGCAUUGAAAAAAAAUUAUUUAAACAUAGUUGCCUUACUCAAAAAGAGAACACAAUCUAUUACUAAUAAAACGUUAGCAGAAACAGAUGCAUAUACAUCAGAAAUAAAUACUGAUGCUGCAGCAGAUAAGAAGUCAGAUGAUAAUAAUGAAAUCAUAUAUCACAAUAUUGAUAAUGAAAAGAAUUGCCCAAGCAAAAGUACAGGGUUUUAUUGUGAUAUUUGUGAAGUUCACUUUUAUGACACAACUUGGAAGAAACAUCAAACAUCUACAUUACAUAUUUUUAACUCCAAGCCAAAACUACCAAGUACAAUGUAUGGAAUAUCAAAACAAAAUAAGGGCUAUCAAAUGCUGUUAAAUCAUGGAUGGGAUGAAGAAUGUGGUCUUGGACCAUCAGGAAAAGGAAUAAAGUAUCCUGUUAAAACCUGUUUAAAAACUGAUAGAAAAGGAAUAGGCCAACCGAAUGAGAAAGAAUACAGAGUAACACAUUUCAAACCUGGAGAUAUUGCAGCAAUUGGUAGUCCUAAAAUGCUUAAGCAAAAGGGCUUAAAAAAGAAAGAUAGGGAAAAAUUACUAAGUAGGGAAGUUAGAAAAGAAAAAGCGCUACGUAUUAUGAAACUUGAUCAAGAGAAAGCUUUAAAACACAUACAGCAAGUAGAAGAAAAAGCAGGGGAGAUUCUUACAGAUAGGCAGGAAAUAAUUGCUUUAGACAAAAGAAGAAAUGACGAUAGAGUUGGUAUGAGAGCACUACAGAAGGCAGGCAGUAACAAAACUUGGAUAACUGUUGGACCAUUAUUACUUAAAAUGUCAUCCAAAACUGCAGAAGAAUUACUUGUAAAAGAUCAAAAGGAAUGUGACAUUGAAAUUAAUAAAAUAAGAAGUAAUUUAAAAAUUAAAGUGAAUGAAUUGCGGGAUUUAGAACUUAAUCCACCUGUUCCAGGCUUGAUGUUACAGCCCAUGUCUCAUAAAGAGAUGUCAGCAAUAAAGCAAGUCUUAGGUUCUUAAAUGUAUACAAGUACUUUAUUGUUAAAAGAUGCUGCUUCUAAGUCAAUUUAUAUAAAUAUUAAUUAAGUAUUGUGUGAAAUUUGUACAAAUUUAUUAUAAGAAUGUAAAAGCACUAAUGAAACAUAAUAGUAAUAAGUGUUUGUACAAUUGUAAUGUUAUGUAUGCUUUAAAAAGAAAUUUCUUUAAAAAUCCCUCUGAGUGUUGUUUUACUUUAGUCGUAUUAUGUAUAUUUUAAGAUGUUAAAUUAGUAUAAACGUUUUUAGUGCCUUUGGUACAAUGGGCGCUCUCAAUUGUCCGCAUAAUAUUACGUACGGUUCAUACAAUAAAUCUUAAUUGUUAAUUUAA